AUGUUUUAUGAGGGUGACCUGAGGAGCGGUAUCAAUACCGCUAUUGAGCAAUCUAAGCUUGUAGCUUGCUAUGUGCGAAGUCAAGAUGACGGGGAGGAAACCACAACCUGGGAGAACGAUUUCUUGAAAGACCCAGAAAUAGCGGACCUCGUUUCAUCAAAGGCGAUCCUUCUCCGCCUGUUGUCUCCCUCGGAAGAGUCGUCCUUUCUCGAACAGAUAUGCCCUAUCGUGAAGCUUCCAACUUUAGUAGUCAUUCAUAAUGGAGCCAUGAAGGAAUAUCUCACGUCUGGAAUAUCAAAAGAGGACUUUAUUAACCGGCUAACACCUGUCCUAAAGGGAGAGGAGAGUUCCUUUUCGCCACUUUCCGGAAUCCCGGCCACUGCUCAAACAAGUGCAAGUAUGGGGGAGGCAUCUGAUACCGACCAAAACCAGGCAGCCAGCGUGGCUGCCCUUCUACAAGAGCGAAAGAUUCGCAUGGAGGCCGAUAAGAAAAAGAAAGACGCGCAAGAGAAGGCUGAACGUACCCGGAAGGCGGCCGAAAGAAAGGCUGCGGUAGAAGCUGGCCGGCCGGAAGAUCCAAAGAGAGCCGCUGAUUUGAAGUAUGCAGCACUGCAGAAAAAACGACAGCAGGAAGCCCGAGAGGAGCGAGAGAGGGUUUUGAAGCAAAUAGAAGAUGAUAAGGCAGAGCGAAAGGCGAGAGACGCCACGCGGAAAGAACAGGCAAAGAUCGCGGCUGGCACCAAGCAGCCUAACCCCUUCACUGCACCGAGUUCAGAGAUGGGGUCAAUGAGAAGAGGUGAUCGUUGUGCGUUGAAAGUACGCCUAUUUGAUGGAUCAGCAAUAAGCUCCCGAUUCCCGUCGGGAGCCACAUUGGAGGGAGAGGUUCGCAAAUGGGUUGAUCAAGAGCAGCAAGUUGCAGAAUCACCAUAUAUAUUCAAGCAUAUCUUGACCCCAUUUCCCAACAAAGAAAUAUCUAUUUCAGAGGAGGGGAAAUCGUUGCAGGAUCUUGGUCUUGCCCCCAAUGCAACAUUGAUACUGGUCCCGAUCAAGGAUUUCACACCAGCCUAUGCGCAAGGGCCUGGGGUAACGGGCCUUCUUUCAAGUGGCGUCUCUGCGGGCUACGGUCUGGUCAGUUCCGGGCUCAGUUCUGGGUUCGGAUUUGCGGGCCGAGUAUUAGGAAGUGUGGUGGGAGACUCUGCCCAAGGAGAACCGCGUGCAGCAGCACCGCCUCCUCCGCAAGAACCAAGGCAAAGUGAACGGCAUGAGUUGUACAACGGCGGUGGCCUCAAUUUUGAACCCAGGCGGGAUAAUCAGGACAAGGAAGAUUAG